UUUUUAUUGGACUAAAAUCUGUCAACAAUAUUUAUAGCCAGUUUCCCUGAAGAAACAUUUUAUUUUAAAUGCACUAAAAGGGAAUUUUGUCAACGUUUAGAAGUACACUAGCAUAUACUUGGAACCAGAGGUAGCAGACAUGGACGAAACACCUUACAACUCUCAUUUUGAGGUUUUUAAGUCUGAAAGGACACAUUUUAGCAGGCUGAUUCCAGAUCUGUGGGAAGAAAGGCUGUCAGCUUAUCAACAGAGAAACAUUUCUGUGUGAGUGAAGAAUAUCCAUGGUUUGGUGUGUGUGUGGAGAUCAUGAUUUGGAGCACAGCUGGCCGUCUACACAACUAUCCGCAAGAGGGAUGCCGAGCAAACGAUUGAGUCGAUGGAGCCAUCUGGAUUAUGUGUUCUUCCUGGUCCUGCUUCUGGUGUGCCGUCCAGUAACGUCAAACACAACUGUCACAACAACUGACUCUCCAGUCAUCCUAACAUUAGCAAUAACUUCAGCCACAAAUUUGACAACAGUGACUGGAGGAACCACAGAUAACAUUACAGCCAAAAGUCCUAGUUACUCAUCGACAGCAAGCUCUCCUGCCGUGCUGACGGAUACCUCAACCACAUCUUCAAACAUAAGCUCAACAAUCCCACCAAUGACACGCACGACGGAGUUACACAGCACUGAUAAUCGAACUACGGAAAACACAUCCUAUGACAACACAACCUUUUCUGAAUCGACCACAAUCUCCACUCCCCCUGAAAACACAACUUUUCACAGAACAACCAAAAACUUCACAGCAACAACUCCUGAACCAUCACCCUCUGCCUCUGCAAAUGAUACAACACCACUGAUGACGACCAUUAACCAAACAUUUACCACAACCGUUUCAGCAUCCACACCGUGGCAUAUUUCUCAAAGCUGUGGUGUGUUUUACUGGAUUACUACAUCUGUAGAGGUACUGGGAACACCCCAAAGUGAGCAAAAUGUCAUAACACAACUUAAGGAUAUUUUCGGACUCAAACUAAAUGCAUGUGUUAAUAAAAGCAGUUCAGAAAAAGACCCCAGGAUUUUUGAAGCCAUGGUGCUCAGAUGUGAUCAAACAAAUAUUACAAAGAUUGCACAAUGCUUUAUUCUUCUGAACCGGAGUGUUCCUGCUGCUGAUGUUUGCUGCUUUAGAAAUAAUCUGACGGAGAUGAACUCCAACAUCAAUGUCAGUGUGGUGGGACAAAUCGAAACAGUGGGUGUGUGUGCAGGUAACAUCACACAGAUCUCAGCUGGACAGUACGACAAAUGCAACCAAUCAAUCACACUUAAAGAAUUUAGCACAGCAGCACUGAACAUCUCAUGUGGAAACAGUACAAAUAUGAUUUUUCCAUUGGAUACUAAUGAUUCCCUGGUCUGUCCUACUAUUCCAUCAAAGCCGUGUUAUUGUUCUUCAGACUGCAAAAGCUCAGAUUUUUACUAUCACAUUAACAUUUCUUUGAAUUAUGUAAUCGACAACCCUGAAAGCCAAAUUCAACAUUUUUUGAGAAACUCCUCAUGCCAAAACACGGCAUAUGUUUGCAAUGUUUUACAAACUUUCAUAAGUUACUAUCAGGAUUCAGACGUGAAUUGUGACGGGACUGGCAGAUGUAUAAUUAUAGUUAAACUAGAUAGAGACAUGGACUCGUGUGAAAUUCACGCAGCUCUGAAGGCCAUCUUAAAACCACAUAACGACUUUUUGACCUUUGGCGGAGUUGUGAGCAGAAUCGCAAUCUGCACUUAUAAUUCUACAAAUCCUUUAAAACAUGAAUGGCGGCCAUCUUUGAGUGCAAAUUUCAGUUCUGAAGUCUUCUGCAACGAGUCUAACAGAAAAAACUUUAACGGAUACUGCUCAGAGGACGUAAGGACAGUCAUUCCCCUAAAUGGCAGCUGUAAUUCUUCUGCAACGCAUUACCAAGACGCCAUCACAAAUCCUCCAUUUUUUACAAGUACCACACUCUCAAACACAACAAACAUCAAUGCUACAGUCACAACUUCUGUGAAUGCAACUUCACCUGCUAAUGUAACAACAACCUCAGGAUCCUCCACCACAUCAGGGACAUCAGCUGCUGAUGGACUGUUGAAUUUGAGUGCAAAUGCUUCAUCUUUAAACGCCACUCAGGUGGAGCAGCUCUUAUCACAGCUAGAGACACUUUUGUCAGGGCCCAAUGUCAGCCUGCCUCUGGCAAACACUUCCGUCAAUAUCGUCAACAACCUCCUUGAUGUUCCUGUAGAUGUAAUCACUCCUUUCUCAAAUAGGGUCAGUAGGAUUGUGGACACAGUGGGUCUUAAACUGGUUGUAUCUGGGACGAGUCAGUCGAUUCUUUCACAAUCACUGGCUCUGGCGGUGAAGAAAGUUGAUGGGGCCAACUUUCAGGAGACGUCCUUCCAAUUAACGGAUUCAUCUAACCUGCAGAUUCGAAGCAACCCUGGGCUGGAGACUGAAGACAGAGUGUUCAGGGUUGGGUCCACUGCUCUGGGUUCAGUCACCCUCCCAGCGUCCCUCACGCAGAACCUGACCGAAGACCAGAAGCAGCUCGCAUCCAGAGUCCAGUUCAACUUCUUCCAGAAAAACACGUUCUUCCAGGACAAAUCACUGGGAGAACGUAAACUAAACAGUGGGAUUUUGGGUUGCAGUGUGGCUAACCUGAGCAUCUCUGGUCUACAGAAUGACGUGCUGAUAACCCUGCGAAACACAAAGCCCAUUCCGACUGGCUAUAAAGCUUCCUGUGUAUUCUGGGACUUUACCUUUAAUGGUAGCUCGGCCGGCUGGAAUUCUUCAGGGUGUCGUGUGCUUAAUUCUUCUGAUGAAGAAACGCAGUGCGCCUGCAAUCACCUUACCAGCUUCGGUAUUCUGCUAGACAUUUCCAGGACUCCCCCCUCUCCAGAGCAUCUCAUCAUCCUGACAUACAUUACAAACAUCGGCUGUGGGAUCUCGGCUAUUUUCCUGUCUAUCACCCUGCUCACUUAUCUGGCCUUUAGUAAACUGCGCAAAGACAUCCCAUCUAAGAUCCUUAUCCAGCUGUGUUUGGCCUUGCUGCUGCUCAACCUGGUGUUCCUAUUGGACGGUUGGCUAGCUCUGUACCCAGAUGCCUUGGGCCUUUGCAUCUCCACUGCUUUUUUCCUGCACUAUUUCCUCCUGGCGUCUUUUACCUGGAUGGCACUGGAGGCCGUCCACAUGUACCUGGCCAUCGUGAAGGUGUUUAACACCUACAUCUCCCGCUUUAUGUUGAAGAUUGGAUUUGUUGGAUGGGGCAUUCCUCUCAUCAUAGUCAUAAUCGUCAUAGCCGUUAACAAAGACAACUAUGGCCUUGUGACAUAUGGAAAGUAUGUUGAUGGAGAAACAGAUGAUUUUUGCUGGAUAAAAAACGAUGUAGUCUUCUAUGUUGCGGUGGUGCUGUACUUCUGUCUCGUCUUCCUGCUGAACUUCACCAUGUUUAUCGUGGUGAUGAUCCAGCUGUGUCGCAUUAAGAAGCAGAACCCUCACAAUGCGCAGACUCGCAGCGGCUGGCAGGAGGUGCGCAGUGUUGCUGGACUCUCCGUGCUUCUGGGCCUCACCUGGGCCUUCGCUUUCUUCGCCUGGGGUCCUGUUAACCUGGCCUUCAUGUACCUGUUUGCUAUUUUUAACACUUUACAAGGAUUGUUCAUCUUCGUAUUCCAUUGUGCAAUGAAAGAGAACGUCAGACGACAAUGGAGGACAUACCUGUGUUGUGGCAGACUGAGACUGUUGGAAAACUCAGAAUGGAGUCGCACGGCAACUCAGAAGAUAAACAAAGCCUCGAAGGAAAAGACUUCAUUCCACUCGACGAAUUCUAACAAUUCUAGAUUGUCUUUCCUGAACCAUGACAGUUUGACAUUUGAUGCGCCUGUGGGCAUCGACAACCCGAUGGACGACAGUAUAAUAACCGCAGCAGAGCCCAUCUCAGGUUCUGACGUGGUAUUGAAUGAAAUCAAUGACCAGUACCGGAGUCAAAGGUCAUUCUGAAUAAACUGACCACAGUCGGCGUGUGUGCAGGCAUGUCUAAUGGUCUAACGAGAAACUGUAUUUCAAUUAUGUUUUAAGUUUACUUAAAGUAUUGCGUGUUGUAUAUACAUCAGAAACGAUAUAUAUUACUUCAAAUAUAGCACUUUAAUCUAUGCAAUUAUUUAAUGAAGCUACUACCACAACAUAAAACCGUUUAACCCAACAAAAAAUAAAAAAAUAUUUUUUUUUCAAUUCAUAUAAGAUCCUUUAAAGACAUUCAAAGUGUUACUAAAGAUUUCUAUUUAAAUGAAAUAGUUUCCACAAAACUAUUAAGUAGCAAAAACUGUUUUGAUUGAAAAAGAGUUGUUUUUUUUAACCAACAAAUCAGCAUAUUAGAAUUUUUGAAGGAUCAUGUGACUGAAAAUUCAGCUUUACCAUCGCAUAAAUAAAUUACGUUUUAAAAUGUAUGAUAAAAUAUUAAAGUUAUUUUACUUUUUAAGUCCUACUGUACAAGACUACAACUGGAAGGGUGAUGAUUUGAUUGAUUUUAUUCACAUGUUCAUAUAAUUAUUAAGCAUAUAAAGCAGGUUGUCUUGGUACUUUCCACAUGGGGUGGCUUGAGAAAGAGACCCGAGUUGAGUAGAUAAAGCUGGGAUUGUUGAUGGAUGGAUCUCAUAAGAAAAGUUAUAGGCAGCCAUUUGUACAGUAUAUCCUUAAAUGAGAUGAACACGCUCCUUGUGUUUUAGAGUUCAUUCAUGCCGAAUGUAAAAUGUUUUUUUACACACGAACCAUAUCUGAAGUCCAUAUGAAUCUUUCUCCAGUAGCAUUUUAUCAACGCUGUCCACUUUGUCAGGUCACUUGUGCGUAUUCAUUUGACUCGUGCAAUAACAGCACUGUGGCUCAUCCUGGACUUAUUACAGCAACUGAUCAGAAAAACCCAAGCUACAUAAUCAAGAGUAGAUACACCAGUAGAUGAUGUUGAAGAGAAGAUAUGCCACUGGGAAGAGGAUUCUGGAGUACGAGUCGAUCAUGUAGCUGUUGCUCAUUAUGAAUCGGAUGUUUUUGCGCACUGAACGUUUCCUCCAAAGUCUGGUGCCUUCGGUGGGCGGCGGGUCGGUGGAAGAGGCCCUGGGCGGGAUGGUCCGCGUGGUGCUGGGUGUGGUGGGUAGCUCGGGGAACGGCGAGACAUCUAUGUCAUCGUGAAAGCAGCCAUCAUAGGCCAUAGCCUGGGUUGCGUUGUAGGAAACUGGAACCUUUGGACGGUAGCAAAAGAAAGAAUAUCUGUUAUGGAGUACAAAAACAACAAUGAAAAAUAAAAUAAAAUUGCACUUUAAAGUCAACUAAUGCCAUUUGUAACCCAUUUGAUCUGAGUUGUUACUACUGUAAAACUAAUAUAAAUUAAUAUGGGGUUUCCUUUAAUCACUGUCAAAAUGUCUUUAUUGUUUUAAUUUUGUUAAUAAAAUGGAAAAUAUACAUGUGAUUAUUUAUGAAUUUA